GAGGGUUGUAGAUUAGAUAACCACGUGGGCAUGAUUUGAAAGUUGUCACUGACGUUAGCCUAGCAGUCUUGUAAAACGUGGUCACUGACUUACUUCCCUCAGUUAGCAGUUAGGCCAUCGGAAUGUCCUCACAAAAGAUACAGCGCUUGCUUGAACUGCCUGAUGUAUCUGCUGCGCAUCAGUUUGCACUAGAGUACCUCGACUCCAGCUUUGCUCACAUUGACGACCUUGAUGGCAUUGACGAAGUCCUGUCACGAACAAAAGCACGGAGUUCAGAACUUCAGCGUCAGCUUUCUGCAUCCCAGCAGUCAAUUGACUCACUUGUAACGAAGACUCGCGUGGCAGCACUCACUAAUCUUGACACUGCUCGUGAGCUUGCGGAGGACAGGGAAUCGAUAGAGAAUGAGAUGACUUACCUCUCACACGAGCUCGUCUCAUCUCUUUCUCCGUCAAAAUUGGGUGCUAGUCCCACUCUCCUCGAGGACAUUGAGACUAUGCAUCGUGUACUGAAGGAACUUGAGAGUGUACGGGCAUACGUAGCUGUCAUCGAACGUACGCUGACGCUGAGUGAAGGAGCAUUGGCGCAGUUACGUGGCGCACCAUCCCCAAUUUCCACCUCGUCGACGUCGGAAUACAAUAGGCUGAGCGCCUUUAUUAACAAUGUGGUUCGAACAUGCGACGCUGUACAAGAUGUCGGGAGCGUAGAGCAGUCUCUACAUCUUGUUACAUUCGUACGGCGUAUUCGUGACAAGACGUGGUCGGAUAUCAAAGGAAUGUUUUCUGUCAAGCUGGCUAGUGCCCUGGACAAUCUUAAAUGGCCAAUGCCUGUUGAUUACCCUGCUGCAAGCGUGCAUGACCGCAAAUCCUUCGAGUCUGCAUUCAAAGACUUGAUACUGCUGCAAGAAAUUGGCGAGAAUAUCGAGGGCUCAACAAACCAACUUGAAAGAGGUUCUGAGGCCUUAUACCCGCUAGAAACCCUCGCGCAUGCAAUAUCGCUUCGCUUCAAAUACCAUUUCGAAACCGAACGAGAGACAAAUCGCCUUGACAAGCCAGAGUGGUAUCUCUCACAUAUAAUGAACGUGGCUCAUGAUCAUCGACCCUUCAUGGAAAAUGUCAUACAACGUUUGCUCCUAGGCACAAAAUACCAGCGUGUUGAUGCAUGGCAAAAUUACAUUACUCUCCUUGUCCCAAUCCUGGAGCGCAAGUUGCGGCGCACGGUUCCGACUUUACUCUCUCACCCCGCCCUAUUGGCGCACACAGUUUAUCAGACAUUGAUUUUCGAUUCUAAUAUGCGUGAAUUAGGUUACGAAUUCGUGGUCAGUGCAGAGGCAAAGAAGAGUGAGGAGAAAGGGGGCGUCAGUUCCGUCAUCCUUGGCCAGAAGGAGUGGUUUGACGCCUGGUUAGAAGGCGAGAAAAAGUUCGCUGAGGAUCAGUACCAUGAAAUCAUCAGUGCUUCAGAUGCAUGGGUUAUUGUUGACGAUGAUUCAAAUGACUCUGAUGAAUACAAGCUCUCCCGCUCAGUGCCCGAAUUGAAGGCUACGAACUCAGCUCGUCGAAUAAAAGCUCUCAUCGAACAAGUUACUGAUCGCUACUCUCCCCUUCCCUAUUUCACCCAACGCACACGUUUCCUCAUUCAUGUCCAGCUUCCUAUCCUUGAACAGUAUUAUUCUCGCGUAUCUUCCUCGCUGGAUGCUUUCGAGACACUUUCGUCUGCUUUGGUUCGAGCGGUCCCUGGUGCACUAGGUGUUGAAGGACCAAAGACAGACUCGCGUAAGUUGACUGGAGGUAUUGAGGGUAGCCAACGGUUGUGCAAGGCGCUGCUCAGUGCGCGAUACGUCGAGUUUGCAAUGCAACGAUGGGGAGAGGAAGAGUUCUUUUUGGAACUGUGGACAGAAAUUAACCAUCGGGCAGCCCUACGUACUCGGGCGGAAAUGCAUCCCUUGCUCCCGAACUCUGCAAAUUCCCGGUCCAGCAAGAGCGAUGCUCCGGAAUACACUAUUUUCGAGGAGCUAAUUACACAGUAUACAAACCUCGCGUCAAGGGCGGAAGAUAUACUUGUAGGUCAAGUUUGUGGUGAAACUGAAAUUGCUUUGAGACCACAUUUCGUGGCUAUCACAUCUCCGAAGGAUGGCGGGGACGCUCAACAUGCAGAUGAUGGCAUUGCUGUGCCCCCGAGUCUCCUCCCAUCUAUUGCUCUCUUAUCUGCUCACCUCACCUUUCUCCGCAAUACGCUUCCGACUGCAGUGACAACGCACAUAUAUAGGCGGAUAGCAGCACGCAUUUCGGAACACAUUCUUCAGCGCGAAGUUCUUUUUCGCCCGGGACUUACCCGGGGACAGUUGCGCACGGGACUUUCACGGGAGCAAGCCCGUUCCGUUCAAGCGGAAUGCGAACUGUGGGCCGAAACUUGUCAGGCCGCCUUGAGGACCUCGCGGGCCAGGGCUGAGGGUCCUUGGGGACGGCUACUAGUUGCAGGCAGACUUCUUGGCGCACGUAGACAAGAAGUGGACAGGGCCGUGAAGGAAGUCCUUAGCGGGCAAGGGGAUGGAUGGGAGGAUGCUCUGGAGGCCGCGACGAGCCUCGGAUCAGGCGGAUUGGGCAAAGAAGAGGUCAAGACAGUGCUGCGGCUGCGGGAUGAUCUGUAGGCGUUGAGUGGCCAGCGGUGCAGAUCCCAGGGCCGAGCACUCGUGUAGCAGCGUGGGAGGAGACUGGGAGGGUCGUCCGAUAAUAUGCUCUCGUACCGCAUAUUGUCCCUCUCAACACAUGGU